AUGUCUCGUUUCCGUUCCUACAGUCCUUCUAUUUUCCAUUGGGAACAUCCUUGGGACUUGGAGCACCUGGGGUCCUGCUCGAGUUCCGAGCUUAGGAGCGUCUACAAUCAAAUCGACAGGGCAUUCAACAACGGAGGCAUACCUUCCGGUCUCUUGAGUGACGUGCGCCUGACGCAGCGCAGAAUCAGGCGCGUUCUUCAGGGGAGGGAUUUACUCGGUUCUAAUAUGUUGGAUGCGUGGAAUAUCAGGCUAGAAGAUUCGGGCGACUUGGGUUUCCUGCGUCGCGCGUCCCCAGAUUUCGUCAUCGGACAGACUGUACAGCAGAGAGUUAUCAACCUUCCGGCGCUCCAGCCCAACAUCGCUAUUCAGACCAUCCAAGCUCCGUCGCCAAAUAUUACCUUCCAGACUAUGCAGACCCCCCAGCCUGCUGCUUCCCUCAUGCAACCUGAACUUCCCAAGCGACUCAGAUUCCGUGAUCAGUGGGGCAAUAUCGUCGAAGAGCGUGACGAGACAGAACAGGAGAAGAGUGAUAGAGAAUUUCAGGAAUGGAAGGAGAAGUUUGGCGUCAAGUAG